CCCCUUCACUUUGGAAUGGACCAGCUCUUCUUCUGUUCUCCCGUGGCCAUCCAACAGCCAGCUAGGAGCUUUAUCUAACAUUCUUUUCACAUCUGCCUCUUGUUUUCAGACCCCCACCGCAUUUAAAUUUCAAACUGUCCCACUUCCCUCCCAUCUAAUAACCCGCUUCCUCCCAGUCACUAAGCCCUUUAUUUCUCUUUUCUUAAGAGGGCCCAACUGCUUCUUAAUUUUGCAUUUUUGACACUCAGUUGUUGACUAUAAAGCAUUCUGUUGUAUAGUGAGUAUAUGGCAUGCACAUAUGUUUAAUGCCCUUGGGCCCACGCCCCUGUGGCUUCUCCAUUUCUCCGGGUACUUAAACAUCUGUCUGCAGUGGCUUCAUUUUUAGCUAGCAGUGUGAUGUCUGCCAACAUUUUAGCAAUCUGUGCUUAAAAAUCACAGAACAUCAGCCUGGUCAUGUGCUCAAAGAAUUAGAUGCUCUCCCAUCUCUCAGUCUGCACAUAACCAACUCACACGCCAUUACAAAGACUCAAACUUGUUCUGUGAUUGCACCUAAGUCGAGGGAUGUGAGAGAAAACAGUCAAGGUGGGAUUGUCGGCAGUUUCUGUUCUAAAGGCAGAGAGACGAGAAAGAAACCCCCAGCUGUGAGGGGAGACCUCUGCUCGUUUAAUGAGAACGCCAGUCAGACAGUUUCCCUACAGCCUUCCCCUUUGGUGCCUCAGCGUGUUAAACACUCACAGCAUGAUGCAAAAUAUAUUAAAGUAUAGGACUGUUAUCAUCGAUUUGCGGAACACCCACCCGCCCCGUACUAGGAAUCUACAUCCUGCAUGUUUCUCCUAGCAGGGGGUCCGCACAGCCUUGAAGACAAAACUUUCAAAGGCAUCAUGUCUUUUGUCUUCACACACUGACACACGAGGCCUGCUGAUCGCGCUGCCUCCAUUUCACUCCACACAGGGAUGAAAAGGAAAAAGAGGAGAGUCAUACUGACUCUGGUUUUCUAUCAGGUUUUUAUUUAAACGUGCACACCUUUCGCUACUAAAGCAAAUGUAUUAUCUGCCUUUUGUACAUUUUUGUUUUUGUAUUAUUAAACAAAACACAGAUUUUACUUUGCUUAAGUAGUAUCAUUGAUAAUCCAUGCAAACAGAUUCAGGCCACAUAGCAAUCACAACAAUAACCAAGUCAAAGUUUGCUUCAAGGCGGCGAGAAAUGACCUUUCACCAGUCUGUUGAAUUGCACUUGGCACACAUACAUCUGAUUGUAUCUGUGCUUUAAUCUUUGUACGCACAGGGGAGGUCCCAGAGUGGACCAGAUGCAAAUUGGGACAAUGUCUGAUUGAAAGGAAGUUAUUCCAAAGAACGAUUGUGAAAAAGAUGUAUUUUCACAAUGAAAACUUAAAGGAUUAAAAUCAGAUAUGAUUGAUUUAAAAACAAAAUUAUUAUCCUAUUAUGAUAUCCUAUUAUAUAAUUUUUUAUUGAUUGCAUAUUUCAGUUUGAAUACAUUUGCUGAGUAUAUCAUUUUGUGCAGGGUAGUAUGAAAUAAAUUAUUAUAUAUUUGAAAAUAUCUUCAUACAAGCUUAACUAGACUUUGUGUGUUUGUGGAAUAAACUUCCUCUAUAUAUUCUCCUUACUCAGAGAUGUGAGCUUGAAGUACCACCGAGUAGUUUCCUGCACCUUUGCCCUACUGAUUGAAAGAGGAAUUACAACUACCAUAUACAACCCUGCAGCAGCCUGCUGUGGCUAGCGCUACCAAUGAGCUAACACUUAACAUGAGCCAAGUCUUACUAAAUAAGCCACAAAUCAAAAUAUUCUCACUGUUGGACAAACAAUAUUAUUACUUGCAAGUCUAGUAGCAACAAAGCCAGGUCACCAUCAUUCUGUGAUUUUGUAGCAUUUUUAAGCUCCCUCAUACGAGUGUAGGCUGCGCCGAUGGUCACUAUGGUUUUAGCUCAUUGCUUCACCUCCUUAGAUAUUAAUCUCUAACUUUUACUCUAGGCUCUGCCAUGAUACCAACAGGAAAAGCCAACUUCUUCUUCUUCUGCUUAGUAUUGACAAUCGGCAACCUGAAAAAUAUAACUGCUAGCAUAACAGCUAACAGACAAGUCAAGUCACCUUUCAGGUUGCAUGGCGGUACAGUUGUUAGCAAUGUUGCCUCACAGCAAGAAAGUUGCAUGGUUGAAAAUCAACGGCGGCCUUUCUGUGUGGAGUUGCGUGUUCUCCCCAUGCAUGCGUGGGUUUCCUCCAGGUUCUCCGGUUUCCCCCACAUAUCACAACAUGCCCUAUAGGUUAAAAGUUGUACGUCGCUUUGGAUAAAAGUGUCUGCCAAAUAAACAUAAACAUACACUUUUAUUUAUAACAAACUUUUACACGCCCGAUUGGUAGAUCGAAAUGCCUCACUGUACAAAAAUCCCAUACACAACAGUAGUGCUAAAAUUAAGUAAACCACAAUAGAAUAAGAUUAAAAAACCCAUUACAGCCAUAAAGCAAGAAAAGAGCUCCCCUUUUAGAGUACCCACUCCACAAACGUGUUCAGCGUAUCUGGCCAGUAGAGGACUUCUACAUGGUGUCAAACAUGAAACCUGUCAAGUUUCUAACUCAACAAUCACUGAGAUCAAGGUUAAAGGGAUACUGUGCAACUUUUUCAUGUUUUUAAAUCAUUUCCUUGGGCCAGUUUUUACUAAAACGACCCUUUAUAGGGUUAAUGAAAUGUUGCUUAUGCCUCCACCGCCCUGCGUAGCCAGAAUAUUGCACUUGCAACUUCAGAGUGCCUGUCCGGUCUCUAUUGGACUUCGUAAAGUGGAGCUGGCAUGCUAGAGCUGGAGUCUGCUUCCAACACUUUUCCUGCAUGUUUUAGAUCCUGCACACAGGUGACUUGUUUGAUUUAAUGAUGAAUCACUCCUGAAGACACUAAGGAAGGCCGAGGAGACAUUUCAGCUAGUAGAUUAAGGUGUAAAAAGACAAAUGCACAGGGAGGAGAUAUGUUUCACUUUUGGUUUGACUAACAGAACACUAGGGGGUGCUGAAAGCAAGCCAGAACUGCCUAAUAUCCAUUUAAAGCUCUAGCUAAAAAAACAAUUUAGUGUUACUUUAAGGUAGGGCUGCACGAUAUUAGGAAAACCUGCGAUAUUCGAUAACAGUGCUUAAUAUUGCGAUAUCGAUAUUACUCACGAUAAAUGAACAAAUACUAAAGUAUGCAGUGUUGAUGUCGUCAGGCGUGUGACGUCUGCUCUGGGUUCAAAGCAAACAAAAACUAAUGCAUGAAUUCCAUUACAACUUAACAUUUUUAUUGCAAAAAUAUGCAGCUGCACCUGCUACUGUAUUAGCAGCAAAACAACAAACUGCAUGCAUGCAGUUUCUCAGUGACUUUAAAACAUUACCUCCACCAUAAAACUUUUUCUGAUGCUCCAAAUACAGAAAAGCAUCCCUUACCAGGUUUUUUGAAUAAAUAAAUAAAUAAAUAAACAGAAAAUAAGUUUAAAUGUUAAAUAAUAGUUAACAUCACUUAGGCCCUGUCCACACGUAGCCGGGGAUCUGCCAAAACGUAGAUAUUUUUCUACGUUUUGGCCUGUCAUCCACACGAAAACGGAGUUUUUUCACACGAAAACGGAUCUUUUUAAAAACUCCGGCCAAAGUGAAGAUCUGCGUUUUCUCCGUUUUGGGUGUCUGCGUGUGGACGGACAUAACCGGAGUUUUAAGGUCCGCAACGUCACUUUCCGCGACAAAAAGUGCUGACAUCACGUGUGCGACCUGUGUUUACACUAGCCGGCAUCAUGGAAGCCCUCAGAGCUGCGCUCUGUCACUACCCGAUCCAUCAAUUGUCCAAGCGCUUUCUGCUUGUUUGUUUUUGCAAGCGGAAUUACUGCUCCUUGCGGAAGACCACAGACGAAGGACGAGGUUAAGAACGGGGAAAGUACUGCCGCCUACAGGUCUGGCAUGUCCUUAACAACGUAUUUAUCCGGAUACAUGUGGACAGAGUUUGUUUUUAAAACGCGGUGGUGUGGAUGCAAGUUUUUGGAGGGGCGGAUAUUCGUUUUUAAAAAACCCCGGCCACGUGUGGACUAGGCCUUAAAUGCAACAGCAAAUUCUCUCAUUGCUACUGAGCACUUUCUCCACUUAUGUGGUUAUGAUAGAAGGCUGUUGCUGUAAUUGGGAAGUGAACUGUGCUGGGCUGUAAUUGGGAAGUGAACUGUGCUGGGCCAAACUAGGAGAAUAUUAAGAUUUUUUGAGGGAAAGAGAAAAACAAUUGUCUACCUUUCAGAAGAGGAAUUGGCAAAAAAAAAAACUACAUGGAAAAUAUGUGAAAAUGUUUCUUUUUAACCCCAAAUUGAACAAGUUUACCUAGAUCUUAAUAAGCAGCUCAGAUGAUGAACUGCAACUAUGAUUCUGAUAACAAGCUAACAAAUUGAACUAGCUCCUCUAAGAUAACCGGCUAGCAGAGCUUCUGACUGACAGUUUAUGUGCAGCAGCAAAUCAACUAUCCUGAUUAACAAGGUUAUAAAAGCUCAUAAAUGAAAAAUCACUUUGAUGUGUGGGGGAACUUUUCCAGGCCCCUUUUUAGCAGGGUGGGACUGGGAGGAGAGUGCUGUAGCCUUUUAGCUGGAAGCUAACCGGAGUCCUGGACUAACAUCACCACCCGGUGGAACACUAGCGACAUGAAGGUGGGUUGGUUCACAGGCACGUGUCGGAGUCAGCCCGGUUAUUAUCAGCUGCUUAACGACACCGAGCGGACUCACGUUCAUGUUUGAAAACAGCGCUGAUUCCAGAAACCUCAGCACAAAGUGGGUUCUUUAAUCUGAGCCAGCAUGACGAACAAGGGAGGCGAGCUGCAGCGGAAAGCGGGGGCGGAGCCGAGCGGAGAUAGUGGAAUUUUGGGGUAACGGUCUACGUAGGGGGCGGGCGUAUUACGUGAACGGACUCAUCUGAUUGGCCGCAUAUCAGAAGGGCUACAUUUGAUUGGUCAAAUAAUACUUCCGCGUAAAAAACAGAGCUGGUUUACAAAAAGUUGAUGUAUGACACGGAUGGAAAUGUUUGAACCAAGCAUUUAUCGCCGUUUUUGACGUGCUUUGCGAUGGGCCUAUCGCACGUCCUGUUAUCGCGAUGACGAUAAUUUUUCGAUAUAUUGUGCAGCCCUACUUUAAGGUCUCACCAUAAUGCGUGGCUUUUAAAUGUUAGCAGUUGCCGGCUUCCAGUAAAAUGUAAUUGGUGCCACAUGAUGCACUGCUAAAAAGCAAGUGAGAAAGGGAAUUCAGUAUGUUUGGUCUCUGUGGUCAACUUUCAUUCGUCAAGCUUCAUGACUGCACAUUAUUCCACUGAAACUAAAUACACUGUGGCCGUCUGUGUGUGUUCUGCUCCUGUUAACCUCUUUUAAUGGCUCUAAAAUUAGAGGUCUCAGGUGAGGAGCAAUGUCAUACCAGAUGAGCUGAUUAUGGCAGGUUUAAUUAUAACUUUGUCGGCUAAUGUGCGCGCACCGCGUGUUUUCUCGGUGAUGAAUUAUUACACUGUCUGAGAUCUCAGACAAAAUAGAUCAAAGAUCCUUCAGGCAGUUGUUAUCCUCCAGCAUAGAGGAGACAGCUGAAGCUGAUUUGCUCGGUUCUGACGGCACAUAACAACAGAAUUCUCCACCGCUGCCUCAGCUGAGUUUUCUUGUUAGCCACUAUAUGAUGGAUAACAUUCAGUCCCUUGAAUCUUAAAUAACAAUUGCAGGCUCCAGAGUGAACAAAAAAAAAAAAAAAAAAAAAAAAAACGUGUUUUUGAAUGUGCUAAAAAAGAAAAAAGAAAACAGUUUCUAAUGGGGUCCUGUGUGCCUUGUUGCCUGAGUGAUGCCUUAUCCCAUGGUGAGUGUGCUAAUGGUUCAUGGGAGUAAGAGGACUGAGCUUAACCCAGCAGUGUAAACACACAGACAAAAGGGAGCUGUUAGCAGUGUGAAACACAUGCCUGGGCGUGCAGGUAGGCAUUAGGUUUCACCAUACACAGCUCCAGCGCGGGAUCCAUGACGGGGAGGAGGCCAUUUGCUUUUGUAGCCAAGGAAAGGAAAACAAACUUUCAGACUUGUACAACAGAGACAGGUGAGAAGAUCAAUGAUGAGCCUGUCUGAGAGCAGUUGGCCUGGACUUUUCUAAUCAGAACCUGUUUGUCACAACACUAACCUGCCACUCAUCAUCAGUCCCCCAGCACCAUGGCAUGCUCCCUGUGGAAACUACAGACAUUUUGCUGGUUUCUCAUCACUCUAACCUGCGUACACUCCACUGAGGGGUUCAGUCGAGCCGCCCUGCCGUUUGGCUUAGUGCGGCGAGAGCUGUCUUGCGAGGGCUACCCCAUUGAUCUUCGGUGUCCAGGAAGUGAUGUCAUCAUGAUCGAAAGUGCAAAUUACGGCCGAACAGAUGACAAGAUUUGCGAUGCAGACCCCUUCCAGAUGGAGAACAUAAACUGCUAUCUUCCAGAUGCCUACAAGAUCAUGUCACAAAGAUGCAACAACCGGACCCAGUGCAUUGUGAUCACAGGUUCAGAUGUCUUCCCUGACCCCUGCCCAGGGACCUACAAGUACCUGGAGGUCCAGUAUGAGUGUGUGCCCUACAUUUUUCUUUGUCCUGGGACUCUGAAAGCUGUCGGUGAGCCCUCCUUUCUAUUUGAAGCGGAGCAACAAGCCGGCGCCUGGUGCAAAGACCCACUUCAAGCUGGCGACAAAAUCUACUUCAUGCCUUGGACUCCAUAUAGGACAGACACUCUAAUUGAGUAUUCCUCCCUGGAUGACGUCAAAAAUGCCCGGCAGACUAUUACCUACAAGCUGCCUCAUCGCGUGGACGGGACUGGAUUUGUGGUCUACGACGGGGCUGUGUUUUUUAACAAGGAGCGGACGCGUAACAUUGUGAAAUUUGACCUGCGGACACGAAUCAAAAGUGGUGAGGCGAUCAUCAAUAAUGCGAACUACCACGACACGUCACCCUACAAGUGGGGAGGUAAAACAGACAUUGACCUCGGGGUGGACGAGAACGGGUUGUGGGUGAUCUACGCCACAGAGCAGAACAACGGCAUGAUGGUAAUCAGCCAGUUAAACCCGUACACGCUCCGAUUCGAGGCUACAUGGGAAACGACCUAUGAUAAGCGCUCGGCCUCCAAUGCCUUCAUGGUUUGUGGAGUACUGUAUGUUGUCCGCUCCACCUAUGAAGACAAUGAAAGUGAGGUCAGCAAGAGCCUGAUAGAUUAUAUUUACAAUACCAAACAGAACCAUGGGGAAUACGUUGAUAUCCACUUUCCCAACCAGUACCAGUACAUUGCAGCUGUGGAUUAUAAUCCCAGAGAUAACCAGCUCUAUGUAUGGGAUAACUUUUACGUCCUGAGAUACAACCUGGAGUUUGGCCCACCUGAUCCGGCACACGCACCAACGCUGUUGGAAGCCACCACGUCUGCACAGCCUCCCAGGACUACAGCCGUCACUACGACGACCACAGCGCACUGGGGUGCUGCCAAUACAACCACCACAACAGUGCUCAAGGAGGGCAGCAGGAGAGCACCCAAGCCACCUCCUGUAAUUCCACAGACAACGUCUCCUCCCCCGCUGGAGUCCUUCCCUCUGCAGGAGCGCUUCUGCAAAGCCACUGAGAAAAGAGACAUAAUGUGGCCUCAGACCCAGAGGGGCAUGCUUGUGGAGCGGCCUUGUCCCAAGGGAACACGAGGCACAGCCUCUUAUUUAUGCGUUCUUUCCACCGGGGAUUGGCACCCGAAGGGGCCCGAUCUUAGCAACUGUACUUCUCACUGGGUCAACCAAGUGGCCCAGAAGAUCCUCAGUGGUGAAAACGCCGCAAACUUGGCCAACGAGUUAGCCAAGCACACCAAAGGCCCAAUCUUUGCCGGGGACAUCAGCUCCACAGUGCGUCUGAUGGAGCAGUUGGUGGAUAUCCUCGACGCUCAGCUGCAGGAGCUUAGACCGAGUGAGAAGGAUUCUGCUGGGCGAAGCUUCAACAAGCUUCAAAAACGAGAAAGGACAUGCAGGGCGUACACAAAGGCCAUCGUGGACACCGUCGACAACCUUCUGCGACCGGAGGCCCUGAAGUCGUGGCAGGACAUGAACAGCACAGAGCAAACUCACGCAGCCACCAUGUUACUGGAUACCCUGGAGGAAGGGGCCUUCGUCCUCGCCGACAACCUCAUGGAACCCGCCAUCGUCAAAGUUCCUGCAGACCAUAUAAUCCUGGAUGUGUAUGUGCUCAGCACAGAUGGCCAAGUCCAGGACUUUAAAUUCCCACAAUCCAGCAAAAGUGGAAUCUCAAUCCAGCUGUCGGCCAACACUGUUAAGCUGAACAGUCGGAACGGAGUUGCGAAGCUGAUUUUUGUGCUGUACAAAAACCUUAGCCAGUUCCUCGGCACAGAGAACGCCACCAUCAAGAUGGCAAACGAAGCUUACGGUCGCAACGUCUCGGUGGCCGUCAAUUCGGACAUCAUCGCUGCUUCACUCAACAAGGAGUCCAGCCGUGUAUUCAUCAACGACCCGGUGAUUUUCACCCUGCAGCACAUCGAUAUGGAGCACUACUUCAACUCCAAUUGCUCCUUCUGGAAUUACUCUGAGAGGAGCAUGAUGGGCUACUGGUCCACCCAAGGCUGCAAACUCCUGGACUCCAAUAAAACACACACCACCUGCUCGUGUAGCCAUCUUACCAACUUUGCCAUCCUCAUGGCACACCAUGAAAUCUCAGGCAGCGGUAGAGAUCAUCACGAGUUGCUUCUCACUGUCAUCACUCGUGUCGGCAUCGUCGUGUCCCUCGUCUGCCUCACGAUUUGCAUCUUCACUUUCUGCUUCUUCCGGGGCCUGCAGAGCGAUCGGAACACCAUCCACAAGAACCUGUGCAUCAAUCUCUUCAUUGCAGAGUUAAUAUUCCUAAUUGGUAUCGAUAUGACGGAACCCAGGAUCGGUUGCGCCAUCAUUGCAGGAAUCCUCCACUUUUUCUUCUUGGCUUCUUUUUCCUGGAUGUGUCUCGAGGGUGUCCAGCUGUACCUCAUGCUCAUAGAGGUCUUCGAGAGUGAAUAUUCAAGAAAAAAGUACUACUACGUGUCUGGCUACCUCUUCCCAGCCAUCGUGGUCGGCGUCUCUGCAGCCAUUGAUUAUGGCAGCUACGGGACCAGGAAAGCGUGCUGGCUAAGUGUGGACAAUCAUUUCAUAUGGAGUUUUAUAGGACCUGUCACCUUUAUCAUCAUGCUCAAUCUCAUCUUCCUGGUGAUCACAAUGUACAAAAUGGUGAAGCACUCCACCACCCUGAAACCAGACUCCAGCCGACUGGAGAAUAUAAAUAAUUAUCGUGUUUGUGAUGGCUACUAUAAUACAGAUUUGCCAGGCUAUGAAGAUAAUAAACACUUUAUCAAAUCUUGGGUCAUGGGAGCUUUUGCCUUGCUGUGCCUGCUGGGUCUCACGUGGUCAUUUGGUCUCUUCUUCAUCAGCGAGGCCUCGAUUGUCAUGGCGUACCUUUUCACCAUAUUCAACACCUUCCAAGGAAUGUUUAUCUUUAUUUUCCACUGCCUUCUCCAGAAAAAGGUCCGCAAAGAGUACAGCAAGUGCUUCCGCCACACGUACUGCUGCGGCGGGCUGCCGACUGAGAGCUCGCACGGUUCUACAAAGACUUCGACUACACGAACCAGUGCACGCUACUCUUCUGGCACACAGAGUCGUAUCAGGAGAAUGUGGAACGACACCGUAAGAAAGCAGUCUGAGUCCUCCUUUAUCUCAGGUGACAUCAACAGUACCUCCACCCUUAACCAAGGAAUGACUGGGAAUUAUCUACUAACAAACCCUCUCCUGCGACCACAAGGCACUAACAACCCCUAUAACACCUUACUGGCUGAGACAGUCGUGUGUAACACCCCCACAGCUCCAGUCUUUAACUCGCCAGUGACCUACAGAGAGACAAGGCACUCACUGAACAACGCGGUGAGGGAUACAAGUGCAAUGGACACUCUACCGCUAAAUGGUAACUUUAACAAUAGCUAUUCGCUCCGUAACGGGGACUUCGGCGACAGUGUGCAGGUAGUGGACUGCGGGCUCAGCCUGGACGAUGCUGCCUUCGAGAAAAUGAUCAUCUCUGAGUUAGUGCACAACAACCUCCGUGCCUGUACCAAAAGCCACCAACAACAGCAGCACUCCACUUUACGUCACCCACCCCCCCACCAGCAGCCGCCACAAUACCACCAUCACCACCACACGGAGCGGGCUCCGCCCAAGGUGACGGUGGUCGGCGGCAGCAGCAGCGAAGAUGACGCCAUUGUAGCCGACACUUCGUCUUUGGUCCACGUGGGUGACACAGUUGGCCUUGAGCUGCACCCUCAGCGGGAGCUUGAAGCGCCGCUCAUCCCCCAACGGACUCACUCGCUUCUGUAUGCACCCCAGAAGAAGGUGAGGACCGACGGGGGUGUUGAAACAAUCGUCAGCCAGCUGACGCCCACCAACCCCGAUGACAGUCCACAGUCCCCAAACAGAGACUCCUUGUACACUAGUAUGCCUAACCUGAGAGACUCUCCCUGUCCGGAGAGCAGCCCCGACGUUGUGGAAGAUCUCUCCCCAACCAAAAGGAGUGAGAAUGAGGACGUUUACUACAAAAGCAUGCCUAACUUAGGGGCCGGCCACCAGCUCCAAGCCUAUUACCAGAUAGGCCGAGGGAGCAGUGAUGGUUUCAUUAUUCCCAUUAAUAAAGAGGACUGCAUCCCUGAGGGUGACGUCCGAGAAGGACAGAUGCAGUUAGUAACAAGCCUUUAAAUGUAUUUAAUUCCUCCCCUGGGCCUCCCCGCCCUCACACAACCCUGACUACUUGCAGGACACACAAGUGAAGGCAGGAAAAGUGUUUUAUUUUUUAAGAAAGCCUAGAAUUUCUGUCACACGAGCUUAUCACCUACAAACCUCCCUUUCUCCCAUUUGCAUCGCCAUUCCUUUCUUCCACCUCCCCCACCUGCCCCGCAGACCCACGGACUCGCAGCACAGCAACAGCGGUGCGAAGGUUUAAGGAGACUGUACAUAAGAUGUAGAGUCAAAUUUCAAUUUUAAGAGACAAGCCAACUAUGUAUUUAAAUGUGCUGCUGCUGUUGAAUCAUUGACAAAACUGAAGGUGUCAGAACUGAAAUAAAAAAGGAAAAAAAAAAUUUAAAAACAUUACUGGCAACAUCCAAACAGCAAUUUCCCUGUCAAAGGUUGUACAUACACCUCCCAACAUCCAAGAGGAACCAUUGUUUUUUUAUUUAAUUUAUUCUUUUUUAAUAUAAUUUGAACACCAGAGGACCAGGACAUGGACACACAUUUGUAAAAUGUUCCUGAUCUGACUGUUAGAAAAGGAAUUCAAAGGUCCUGAUCAUGCUCCAUCACCACCAAGUUUGGAUUGUAAAACCACUAGCAAUCAAGCCCCUGGCCUUAUAUUUUUCUUAAAUGUACCUUGAGUUGUUGUCAAGGAAAAUCUGCUAAAAUAUAUAUUUUGUUGUAUUGCUAGUGUAAAAUAAAAAUUCAAGGGGAAAAAACUGAAUUAUCAAAGAAUCUUUUAAUUGCAAAAUUUAAAGUUUGAAAGAUUAUCGUGUAGAGAAGUUGCACAUAUGUAAAAGUGUGUGUUUAUGGUUCCAACACUUCAUCCAUGGUUGUGCGCUUGAACGUGAAGGCGAGUCGAUCGGUUACAGAGAAGCAUCUUCACCUUUUCUGCUUGUGAACAGUGUUUUUCGCCUAAAGAGUUCUGUUUAUAAUGUCCAUUGAAAUAUCUUUAUGCCAAAGUGGCAUCACUGUAGUAGAAUGGGAUUGCAACAACCCAGUUAAGGUAAUUAUGCAUUGCACAUUUUUUUUUUCCUUUUUCUUUUUGUAAUUACGACAGAAAUAGAUCUUUUUACCAGUCGUGGCAGAGUGAUGGACAGCAAAAGUGAAGGCAGACUUUUGACUAUAAAAGUUUUUAUCAUAAAUGUAGUUCUUCCGCUCGGGUUUGAAUAUUUUAUUUAUUAAAGAUCUUUCCAAAAAAGUAAAAAUGGGAAAUGUGUGAAUAUUUUCCCGCACUGGUAUACAUGCUGUACUGUAGCUCAUGUUUCCUUUUUUUAUGAUUUUUUUUUAUUGUAAGCAUUAAGGGGGCUUAUCACUUAAGACUGAUGUAAAGUUCAACACUUGUUUAACAAAUACAAUAAAUGUGAGAUUUUUUGUCAAAAGACGGUUGCUUUUUAAUGGGUUGUGUUUCUGUUGCAUCUUUAGAAAGCAGGCUUGAUUGUGUCGUAUGGACAAAACUCACUUCUGACUCAGGUUAUAAGCAAGUCCCGAGCACCUUGAAAGGUUUUCUGAAGAAUUGAUUUGCUUUUUUAUUAUUAUUAUUAUAAAUAUUAUGACUUUUUUUUUGCUCUGCUAUUUCUUCAAUCGCUGCGGAGUAGAGAGAGCUCACCAUGUGUUUUAGAGAAGCCAAAAUUUGUCCAUGUGAUUCAAACAUGAGAAAACUCAGGUAGGAAAACUGCAUUGUAAAUGUUCCUCUGUGUGGUUGUAACACUAAUAAAAGGUUCAAAACUGA